AUGAGGUUUGAUCGUUAGACGUUAGCUGAAUGGAGAAAACUGAAGAAGAACACGAGAACUGUGUAUGGCAGCUGCUAUUCUAUUCGCGAAGAAAGUUGUUAUGCCGCUUUUUCUGUACUCAAACAUUCCUUUCUUCUUCCCGGUCCAUUCAUGCGCAGCCAGUUUUCCUGUCUCUUCACUUAAUCACCAAAUUGCUUCCUGGUGGCGGUGUAAUGAUGCUAAUGCUUCAAAACUUCUUCGUUUGCCAAAUUUUGGGCGCUGAUAUUCCUUCUCACUUUCUAUCUUUCUCAGUUCGUCGACCUCAAUUCGAAAACAACGCCCUAGAAUAGGAUCGUAUCUCGCUAUCUGUCAGAUAAGAUACUCCUCUAAACCAUCUGAUGUUCCUCGAAGUGGACGAGGCGGCUAAUCGAUACCAAGCGCCUCCACCUCUUUCCACCUAUUUGCCAAGCAUUUUUGCCAACUGAUAGUUUUCUUAUCACACUUCCGUGUUCAAUUUCAUCACGUCCUCCCAAUAGUUUUUUGUUUUUCAGAAUGGCCCAAGAAACAAUGGAAGGGAGCAUCCCGAAGCGUCCCCUCAGAGUCUGGCAAACACCACUCAACAUCAGAGGAUCUGAAAAGAUCAUCUGUAAGUUUCUGGUCGCAAAUUCAAUCGAAAUGUAUCUAUUUCCAGAUAACCUCAAGCUCCAGUGCUUCAACUGUAUGCGCACAUUCGACGAUGAGGCAAGACUUGUGACUCACUUGAAGGCGUGUGCCAAACCAGACAAAGAAGAUGUCAACGUAAGUGUUAUCAUCUAAUAAAACGAAAUGAAGGAAUCGGCUGCAUUUAUGAGUUUCUAAUUUUGUCAAAAUUAUCAGUGUACGCACGUCGACGGGUGUACUUUGAUCAGUAAAAGCUCGCCAAACGGCAUCAAUAACCAAACGGACGAUGCGAGAUUUGGAUUGAGAUUGAGAUCUUGACGAAAAAAACGGCGUAGGCUGUCGGCCAACCUUGUGACCUGCCAUUACACCCCAUGUUCUAGUGUCGGCCACUUGCUAACCUCGUGAUUAUCUGCCUCCGUUCUGUUGGUAGCGAUGCUAGGGAUCGCCAAAUUUGACCAGGCCCCCACAUGGAUCCUUCACGUUCAUAUUUCAGUACAAUGUCCACUUGCACGCAAACCGAAUGGUCGCCUGCCAGAACCGUGUGGCCCUCUUCUGCGGCGCGUCGGAUCAGACGAUCGAAGUGAAGUGCAGACUUUGCGGAUUGGUUUGCGAGGAUGAGCCGAAACUCAGACGCCACAUCCACCGAUGCAAGAUCUUCCAUCCAGAGUUCGGCAUGUUCAUUGUAAGUUCAUUGUCCGUGACAAGGUCAUGUUGUGAGAAGAAGUGAGAAGAUGGGCGGAAAUUUUUAAAAUGACAUUCGGCAAGAUGCUAUCUGCCCGUCUUUGAGUGUUGAAACAUAGACUUGGAAGAUCUAGAGGACGGUCUCGAUUAAAAUGCCUAUCGGUGUCCCUGUCCGCUCCUCGAGGCCGACUGAACACUCACUCACCUAUCCUCUGACUUUAGACCUGUUUUAUUCUUCAUUUCCACUCCAACUUGAUCUUUUUUGCAGAGCAGACUCCAUCCCUUCUUCCACACCCUUCUCAUCUCGUACGAGACUCUGAACGGAUUGUUUCAGAAGUACGUAAUGGAUGAGACCAUCAUCCGGAUGAGAAAAGAAGCAAACGCACCGAUCCCCGAAGGCCAAAUUCCGACGCUCGAGCCAGUGAAUCUCAACUUUGACGCGCUCUCCGAACUAUUCAUUGAAAAGUAUCAGGAAUACAUCUUUGAAGUCAUCAACUUCACGAACGACGCGUUCAUUCGCUACCUGAGAAAGAUUGAUAUGCAGCACGAGAAUCAGGAAAAACCCGGAAGAACCGUCGACGGGCAGGACGAGGAAGUGGAGAGUGAAGUGGAGGAAGAUUCGAACGACGAGGAUGAGAACGAGGUUUGUACUGAAGAGGAUCUGGAGGCCGACGACGAGGACGAGAACAUUUCGGACGUGGAUGACGAGGAGCUGCCGGGAGAGGAGGUUUUGUACGAGGAAGGCGGCGUUGAAGACGUCAAUAUGGAGAAUCUUGAAGACGAGGACGAGGAUAUGGAGGAUGAAAGCGAUUGGGAAGGAUUCACGGAGGACGACGAGUUAUAUGAAGAUCAAUACCUCGAGGAGCCAGCCGUCGCCGAGCCGCAGCCAGAAGUCGAUACCGAUGACGAAAUAAUCGAUGUUGUGGGGUUGUAA